CCCGCCCACACUCUGUUUUUAUUGGUCCCCGGACACAAACAACGACGCCAUUUUCCCACCAGUUCUAUGGAAACAGAAAAUUACGCCGCAAUGCUUCCCGGGAAAUGUAGUCCAUCCUCUGGGGCCAAUGCGCAAGCCCUCGGCUGGGAGAACUGCAAGACCCGCAAUGCCCCGCGCCUGCGUGGACGGGAGAGGGGGGAGGGAGUGAAGGCGGGGCGACAAAGCAGUGGGGAGGUGACAAAGACGCCUGCGCAGUGUGACCGGGAUGGCGCAUUUUCUUGCACCGAGUAAUGCGGUGUCGCUGGCGGCUGAAAAGGGUGGAGAGUUCUGUGGAGACGAAGGGGGUGAGAUUAAUGUAGGCAACCGACAGAGCCUGGUUCUGAACUACAAAGUAGGAAGUUGACGCUGGGUCUUCCUGCCCCCGGACCGCUGGCGUGAAAGCUGUGAGAUCAUCGUGAAACCGUCAGCUUUGAAAUUUAAAAACAAUGGAGAAGACUCAAGAAACAGUCCAAAGAAUUCUUUUGGAACCCUACAAAUACUUACUUCAGUUACCAGGUAAACAAGUGAGAACCAAACUUUCACAGGCAUUUAAUCAUUGGCUAAAAGUUCCAGAAGACAAAUUACAGAUUAUCAUUGAAGUGACAGAAAUGCUGCAUAAUGCCAGUUUGCUCAUUGAUGAUAUUGAAGACAAUUCAAAACUCCGACGUGGCUUUCCAGUGGCACAUAGCAUUUAUGGAAUUCCAUCUGUCAUUAAUUCUGCAAAUUAUGUGUAUUUCCUUGGCCUAGAGAAAGUUUUAACUCUUGAUCACCCAGAUGCAGUGAAGAUUUUUACCCGCCAGCUUUUGGAACUCCAUCAGGGACAAGGCCUAGAUAUUUACUGGAGGGAUAAUUACACCUGUCCCACUGAAGAAGAAUAUAAAGCUAUGGUGCUGCAAAAGACAGGUGGACUAUUUGGAUUAGCAGUAGGUCUCAUGCAGGUGUUCUCCGAUUACAAAGAAGAUUUAAAACCUCUACUUAACACACUUGGGCUCUUUUUCCAAAUUAGGGAUGAUUAUGCCAAUCUACACUCCAAAGAAUAUAGUGAAAACAAAAGCUUUUGUGAAGAUCUAACGGAGGGAAAGUUCUCAUUCCCUACUAUUCAUGCUAUUUGGUCAAGGCCUGAAAGCACCCAAGUGCAGAAUAUCUUGCGCCAGAGGACCGAAAAUAUAGAUAUUAAAAAAUACUGUAUACAGUACCUUGAGAAUAUAGGUUCUUUUGAAUAUACUCGAAAUACUCUUAAAGAGCUUGAAUCUACAGCCUAUAAACAAAUUGACGCAUGUGGUGGCAACCCUGAGCUAGUAGCUCUAGUAAAGCACUUAAGUAAAAUGUUCAAAGAAGAAAAUGAAUAGUAUUAAACCAUCCUUGAUUAAACGUGAAUGCUUAUCUUAGUUGAAAUUUUUUUGUCUUUCAGCCUUUUUAAAAUUCUGACCCAAGCUGUUAAUCUCCAAGAACUGGGUGAACAGGAAUCAUGAUGAGGUUGUUUCAAUUUGAAUGCUGCUUUAAUAAUAAUACAAAGUUGAAAGAAUCAAAAGGAGUCACAUUGAAAUAGGUCUGAUUUCAAUUUCCAAAUGUGCUUUGUUGGACUCUUGUAGCCAUCUCUGCUACGGAUGUUCUGUUGAUUCUAUCAAUAAAGAAGAAUUCAGCUUCCAGGAA